UGUGUACCUACAAACAACGAAAGACGAAAGGAAACCAAAUCAAGUCACGAAAUUUUACUAUUUUAGUUUUUAUCCGUAUCGUCGUUAAACGGUGGCCGGCAGCCGCCUUGAUCCGCCGCUGCCUAUCUGCCUCCGCUACAGCUUAAAAACAGAAAAUAACGGCCACUCUCACUCACAGAUACCAUGAUGAGUUUUUUAUCUUAUCCAUUUCUUUGGUCACUCUUUAUGAUCAUUCUCUUCUUCAUCAAAUGGCAAUUCUUCCCAUCUAAAUCCUCGACAAACCCCCCACCAUCACCACCCCGAUUACCAAUCAUCGGAAACUUCCACCAACUCGGCCCCCUCCACCACCAAUUCCUGCGGUCAUUAUCUCUCCGUUAUGGUCCACUCAUGCUCAUCCAUCUCGGCAACGUCCCGACGGUGGUCGCCUCAUCAGCGGAAGCCGCCCGUGAGAUCAUGAAAACUUAUGACAUCAUCUUCGCAAGCCGACCCGAAUCCAAAUUGAUAAAGAAGCUUCUCUACGAUGGUAAAACCGUGUCCGGAUCCCCCUACGGUGACCAUUGGAGACAGUUAAAAAGCAUCAUGGUGCUUCAGCUUCUGAGUACCAAGAGGGUUCGGUUUUUCCGAUCAGUACGAGAAGAAGAAACUGCCAUCAUGUUGAAGAUUAUACGUGAUUCAAACAACGAGCCGGUGAAUUUAAGCGAUUUGUUCGUGACAUACACCAACAACGUGACGUGUCAGGUGGUGUUAGGGCGGAAGUACGGCGAAGGGGUGAACGGGAAAAAAUUCAAGCAACUUUUGAGGGAUUUCCUCAUAACAUUGGGUUCGUUUGCAGUUGCUGACUUCAUCCCUAGCCUCGCAUGGGUGGAUCGUAUCAAUGGUUUUGAUAGUAAGGUGGAAAGAAUCACGAGAGAGAUUGAUGAAUUCGUGGAGGGAGUACUUGAUGAGCAUAAGAAGAAACAGAAAGAUGUUAUCGAGCAUGAAAAUUUUGUCGAUAUUUUACUGGAGAUACAAAAAGAAGAUGAAGACGGUGGUAUUCUCAACAAGACUAAUAUCAAAGCACUUCUGUUGGACGCUUAUACCGCCGGAACGGACACCACUGCCACCGUGCUAGAGUGGGUGAUGGCGGAGCUACUCAAACACCCGAGGAUCAUGAAGAAAGUAAAAGAUGAAGUGAGGACGAUUUUGGCCGGAAAAAAUGGCAUCGCGGAGGAGGAUCUUGAGAAGAUGAGUUACCUAAAAGCUGUAAUCAAGGAGACACUCCGGGUCCAUCCUCCGCUGCCUAUGUUAGUUCCUAAUGUUGCUUCGAAAGAUGUUAGAGUUAUGGGGUACGACAUCAGUAAGGGAACUUUGGUUAUGACGAACGUUUGGGCAAUCGGAAGGGACCCGAAACAUUGGGAUGAACCGGAGGAGUACCGGCCGGAGAGGUUCUUGGGUUCUAAUAUCGAUUUCAAAGGGCAUGAUUUUGAGUUGAUUCCGUUCGGAGCUGGGAGGAGGAUUUGCCCAGGAAUUGCAUUUGCGAUGGCUACGAAUGAGAAUUUGUUAGCGACUCUUCUGUAUAAGUUCGAUUGGAAAUUGGGUAAUGGAGAAAAGGAAGAGGAGUUGGAUAUGUCGGAAUCUCCGGGAGUUGCAGUCCGCAAAAGGAUUCCUCUUCUCGCCGUCGCAACUCCGGUUUGAUGGUCCCUCCAUGUUUGUUUGACGUAGGUGUAAGGAGGUCCCGUUUGUGGGCUUAUUUCCUUAUGUUUCUUCCUCUCGUGUGUAUUUACUAUUUAAUGAUCAGUUUAGAUAAAUUAAUAAAAAAAUAAAUAAAAAGCAUGGAUAAUUGAUAUA